GGAGGCCCGUGAAGAAGAUGCGGAGCCGAAGGUGGCUGAGGAGGAGGAGGAAGAGCAGAGAAGCAGCUAUAAGCAGAUCGAGGAGAGCAGUCAGAGGCUGGCCAAGCUGCUCUUCGAAGGCACGCAGCUGGUGACAAAUAUCCAGAUGGCUGCUGACCUGAGGGAGACGCAGAGGAGGGCAGAGGAGGCAAAGCUGAAGCUGCAGAGGGUGGAGAAGCUGGAGAACGAAGCCAAGUCAAGCGCACGCAAGUUUGAGGAGAUCACCUCCAAGUGGGCCUUGGCCAAGGAGACGACCAUGCCGCAGGAGCUGUGGCAGCUGCUGAAGCAACAGCAGCAGCAGUGCGCGCUGCUUCUGGAGGAGAAGAACAAGGUCAUCGGUGAUCUGCAGCAGGAGCUGAAAAACAAAGAUGAAGAGUACGUGCAGGCCAUUAAGAAGCAGUCGGAUGAUAUCCACCUGCUUUUGGAGAGAAUGGAGGCACAGACCAGGCUCAUGCUGAAAAGUUACCGUCGCAAGCUCCUGCGGAUUGAGAAAGCUUUUGAGCUGGAACGGCGAGAGCUGCUGGACAACAACAGGAAGGAGUGGGAGGAAGCCAUCCAGGCCCACAAGGCACAGGAGAUGACAUACCUGCAUGCCCGUAUGAGGAAGGUGGAAGAGUCUGAGAAAGAGCUGAGUCGGCUGCGGGUGCAGGAUGAGCAGGAGUACAGCAGCAUGAAGGCCCAGCUGGAGAGCGAUGUAGAGAACCUGGAGAGGCAGCUCCACCACAUGAAUCUGCGGAACCAGGAGAAGCUGGAGUACAACCUGCAGGUGCUUGAGAAGCAGGAGGAGGAGAACACCGUCGUCAGGUCCAAGCAGAAGAGGGAGCUCACCCGGCUCCUCAGCCUGCUUAGCAAGCUGAGAACGAAACUGGAAAACCAAGAGAAGCGGUUCCGAAAGGAGACCCAGAGCCUGGCAGCCGACUGCGAGCGCAUCACCAGGCAGUGCCAGGAGCUGCAGAGGAGGAUGAGGCACUUCGCUGCCAGCGACGCUGAGAAGUUCACGGGGAUCUGGCUGAUGAACGAGGCAGAAGCCAAAGGGCUGAUGCGGAAAGCCCUCGAUGCAGAUCGCAUCAUCCACACCCAGCAACUGGGGCUGCCCUGGGAAGAGCCUCGUUACUGGUUCCUGGACAACGUCGGCCCCCUCGGGCAUCACGCGGGUGCUAGGACGGUGACCAAGCUGGCUGCGGAGUUCCUAACAGGUGGGAUGCACAGUGCCCUCGAAGGGAGAGAGGAGGAGAAGGAAGAAGUGGGCAGUGGAGAGGGAGGCAAGGCAAACCCAGCGAAGGCUGAGGACAGAGUCACCCCUCUGCGAAAUAUCUCCAAGAAGACUGCCAAGAGGAUCCUGGAGCUCGUGAGCGAGGAGUCGGGUUUCCUCGUCGAGAGCAAGCUGCUGAGGCCUCUGCACGCGCUGGGCGGGCACGAGAGCACCCUGGUGAAGCUCGACGCCAUCUUUGCGGCCCUCAAGAUCGACAGUAAGGAAGACCUGUACCAGCUGGUGGAUUUCUUCCUGAAGUACGAAGCCCAGGAGGUGGCAGCCAGCCAGAGCCAGGGCAGCCCAGGCGGAGCGGGUGUCACGGGUCCAGCCGAGGCCAGAGAGGACGGUGGGUCCGGUGCCCAGAGGGACGAGCUCCAGUCCCCGCGGAGCUCGCUGGGCUCCCUCCCGUCUGCGCACAUCCACGCUGACGACGUCCUGAAGAUCCUGAAAGCGUUUGUGCGGGAUUUUGGCAAGCUGAGGGAGAAGGACGGAUCAGCGCCGGAGGUGCCGCAGGUACGGGACGGCUCCAGGGACGCGGAGUACUGGGAAGCCCUGGCACACGUCAUCCCCGAGCCGACGCUGAAGCUGUGGGACGCGCUGGCGGUGGCCCUGGAGGAAUAUCACGAGGUGCUCACGCGCAGGGCCAGCCUGCUGGCCGAAGCAGGCGUCCUGCGGCAGGCGAACGCGGCGGC